AUGCCACCCGAGUAUAAGUUGAUUAUGAAUACUUGUGUUAAACAAGCGGAAGAACUGGAAUUGUUUCGAUCGGAAACAGAAAAAAAUAAAAAAGAUUUUUUGGCAUUGAUAAAUGUUAAAGAAAGCAUUGAACUUUUGUUAGAAGAGAAAGAAAAAGAAUAUUUAGAAAAAAUAAGAGAGUGUGAAGCUGUAACUGGGGGACAAACUGGUAUGAUAAAUUCGAUGGAAUUUUUAUUGAAAGAUUUGGAGGGUAAAAUGGAUUGUUUAAUCAAUGAAAAUCAAAGACGUAAAAAUUCUUUAAUGAAAAAUCGUCAAGAAGAUCAACAUAAAGAUCGUUUAGCAAAACGUUGGGUUGAAGAUGAUGAAGUGUCAACUGCAUACUCGAUGUUAUUAUUUCCUGAUGGCAGUGAAGAUUGGGGUGGUGUAUGGUCAAGAGUUUGUGGAAAAUGUUUUAAAAACACUUGA